AUGAAGUACAAACCGUCCCCCCCCCAACAACAGCAACAACAACAACAUAAGUCUACUAGUGGAGGUCAAGGCUCACAACUGCAUGAUAUGGAGGCCGAAAUACACAGCCUAGCGCUGAUUAUUAAUUUGAUCCAAACCAGCAUCCACACACUGAACUUGCACAUCAUGCAAUACGGCACUAAUUACGAAGCUGCUACUUAUCUCAGCAUCCAGGAAAAGCAGUUGGAGGAUGUCCUAUGGCGAGAAGGUCAAUUGCGCGUUAAAUUAGAGAUGCAUGCCAAUACAAAUGUGAAUGUAAAUACAAAUACAAAAGUUACGAAUUUAUCUCAAUCCCCCACAGCCCAGUCAGGGUUUGGGCUUCUGGAACAAGGAGAAAUUGAACAUAGAUUCAGUGAUAAGAGCUAUGUCAAUGGUACUUGUUCAUUGUGUGAGAAGAAGAUCACGGAACGCAAAGCAGCCAAAUGUGACCACUGCAGCUAUGCGUGCCACACCAAGUGUGUGUCUAUGGCCAAGCCCACAUGCAUACAACCGCCUAUAAACGCUUCUGGAUCCAGAGCUGGAUCGGGGGGACCGACGUCCUACAAUGUGAGCGGUAGCGGUAUUAUCAACCCCAAGGCCAGACUCACAGGGCGUACGAGAUCGGCUGGGACAAGGGAUGCCUUCCCAGGUCUAAGCGGUAGCGGUAUUGUCAGUAAACCACAGUUUCCUAUACAUCUCGGGCGACAGAACAGUGACAGGCCGCGUGCGCAGCGUGCGGCUACGUUAGUGACCGCAGAGAUAACUAGAGACAACGUGUACGGGGGUGGGGUGGUAAGCGGUGGAGGCACUCGAGAGUAUAGCCAUACGAAAUCACCCGGAACAAACUUGCAUGUACAUACACACGGGAGUAUGAAUGAUGUGAGCUCGGUAAGUAGCACGGUAGGGGGUUCUCAUUAUGCGUCCGGGGCUUCUGAAGGGGUAUAUAACCCGGGCAAUACCGGGACUACCGAUGUGGCCAAUAGCGGCACGCCAAAUGUGCUCAGAGCCCAUACGGUCACGCAAUUACAGCUGCAGACACGCACAGCCGGAGAGAUGUCGCUACCUACCUCACCUACCCAACCACACGAUAGGAAGCACACAGUCAAAGGGGUCCUCCGCAGCAUCAGCCGCACUGGGCGCGCGCGUAGUAGCUCACUCGACCGUCGCUCGGAUAAGCCGAAUGCCAGCGUGCUCUCUGCCCCGUCUGGUGUGCACGGGGAAGGGGGUAGUAAACUCGCCGCAAAUGGGCCUGGAAGUACUACGGGGAGUACGAAUACGAGUCUCAGUGCACAUCCGAGCUUUGGUACGAGCCAUGCGGUGCCUGUGGGUGCGGGUGCGGGUGUGGUGCAAUCGGCGACUAGCUCACCGAAGCUCGGGCUUGAGGGGAAUGUGACCCAUAACAGACACAGCCGAGCCAAUUCAAUUAUAAAGGGUCUGCAGAAGAGUCUGCGCCGGAGCUAUAGCCAGCGCAAUCUGACGGAUGCCAAUAUGAACAGUUACAUCUACCACCAACAACAGCAACAGCAACAGCUGCACGGGGGUAGUAGUGGAGGUAUGCGCGAGAGCACCAGCACGGGAUCUACCGGCAGCCAUGGGAGCUAUGGCACAGGCACGCCCCCCCGGGACAAGAUCUUCAGUACCAACAGCCGACAUGGCCAGAGCAAGAGUACUAAAGAUCUGUACGAGAGCGGGGUGAAGGAUACAUAUGUCCUGGACAGGAACAUGGAGCCGGGCGCAGGCUUGGCUGAGCAGUUUGCUGGAGUUGAUUUGGCGCUGGUGACCGAAGCAAAGGAGCGCCCGUUGAGGCCAUUGAAUAUGCCCAGCUACGAUGACUCGUAUAGGGGCUUAAGGUCGGAUAGCAUCGGCGAGGAAGUGGAGGAUUUCACCCUAGAGUAUGUUUAG